AACGGAGCACUAACCAUUCUGACUAUUUGAUGAAUUUUUUGACGUGGGUGGGGUGUCAGCUUCACUCAGCUUACAGACAAUGGUAAGUAACAAUAACGCGUCUCUUUCUCCGUUCCUGGUGCACAAAAGAGAGGUGACGCCCAGCUUUGACACCUAAUGUCAACCUAUAAUUUAGACUCCUUAAAUAACCACAGUCAGUUUGUUAAAUGUAAGAUAGGCUACUUAGGAAAACGUGUGCAAAUGUUAUAAGAUGUGAAAUGUUUGGGGUAUAGAUUCCUAAUCAUCAAAAAAGACAAAUCAGACUGAGUUAAUAUGUUUUAUAACAUUUUCUUUUCUUUUUCUCAGGCUGAUUUCUUGAAAGGACUUCCAGUUUACAAUAAGAGCAACUUCAGCAGGUUUCAUGCAGACUCGGUUUGUAAAGCAUCUAAUCGGCGGCCCUCUGUUUACCUUCCUACACGUGAAUAUCCCUCUGAACAGAUUAUUGUUACAGAGAAAACAAACAUCCUCCUGCGUUACCUGCAUCAGCAGUGGGACAAAAAGAAUGCAGCAAAGAAAAGGGAACAAGAACAAGGUGAAGGUGACAGCCCGGCACCCCCGAGGAAGAUCGCAAGGACAGACAGCCAAGAGAUGAAUGAGGAUUCAUAAAAAUGUGUGUGUGUGUGUGUGUGUGUGUGUGUGUGUGUGUGUGUGUGUGUGUGUGUGUGUGU